CCGGGGUUCUUGCUUCGAGAGGCGAAGAGGAGCUCGGCCUGCGGCAAGGCGCUCUGUGCUGCAGCAUCCUAGUACCGGGGCUUUAAUCUUGUUUUUUGGACUGGGUAGAUGGUCUUGCAUGUACCUCUGCCCAGGCCUUCGAUCUCGCCCGGCCACUACCUCUUCCACCAAGUGCUGAGAUACCAUUCACCGUCUUCCUCCACCCCACCCUCACGAAUUGAAUGAUACAGAGGAUUCCCGACGACAUGGCGGACAAAAACCAACAGAAUGACCAACAGAAUGAUUCAUCGGAUUCCGAGCCGCAUGAGCGCACGACGAUGCAGCAAGAAAAAGCUGUGAACAAGAAGAAGCAAGACAUACGCGAAGCUGGCCUACAAUCUGCACGCUCACGUUCCUCAUCACGCCGUGCCCGCCGCCAGCGCAUCGAAAAGGACCGGAAAGACGGCAAAUACAUGAUGACGUCCUCGCUAGAAGCACUCGAAGAGGCCGACGCAAACGGAGACCUCCAGAAGAUGGGCAUGUUCGAACGAAUUGGGCCCGACAGCACAUCCAUGGACGGUCCCGUCACGCACGCGCGAGCCAUGAGAGGGGAGAUCCCCAUGCGUGGUACCGACCCGAAUCAACCGUACCGCAUGGACCCUGCCCAGAAGGGUGGGAGUGAUCUAAAGGACCAGGACGGCCUGAAGUUGACGCUGGAGGCGAAUUUGGAGAUUGAGAUUGAGCUGAAGGCGAGUAUUCGCGGCGAUCUCACGUUGAGUUUGUAUGAAUAGCGCAUGAUCGAGAUACACGUUUCCAUUCCACGACGUCCACGAAUCGGCAUCGGCAUCAGCACCGACUGUUACGCGAUCUGGGAUACUGCACGUGGAUAUGCUGCCUUGGGCGAGGCAUCGAGCGUUUGGGAGUUUUUAGCUGCUUACAUGGUUUGGUACAGAUAUUUUGGGUACCCUAUUACAGAGAAAAGAAUGUUAAUAUACCGAUUACCACUCUG